CGGCUGUGAGGGGUAAAGUUUUCAUAUUUCCUCUACUGAGCUCUGCAGAAAAGCUGUAAAGAGACUUGAACUGUAACUAGAAAUGGUAGCUAAUUUGCAAGAUGAUGAAAAUGUGUUCAACACGUCAAACAUACCAUUACGCUCGGCUCAUAGAAAACCAAGUUUCUUCCAUCUUUCUUCUUCAAAUUUAUUAAGCCUCCUAGUUCUACUUGUUUUUCCUUUGCUCUUUUUUUCUUCCAUAAACAAAACUUAGUUAUCAGAAAAUGGCUACAAUCUGUGAAAGGUGCAAAGUGAUUGAGAAACAAAAGUAUUGGGAAGAGUUCCAUAAACAUCAGUUCUUCAAAAUAAUGGUGAAUGAUUUCAGAUGUAAAUUGCGCAUUCCGCACAAGUUUGUGUUGAAUUUAAAGGACAGUUACAAACUGUUGGGCCGAAAGAUUCUAAGGGGUCCCAGUGGAAAUACAUGGACAGUUGAGGUUAAGAGAAGAGAAGAUGAUGAUUAUAUGUUUUGCAAUGGUUGGGAACUAUUUGUCAAAGACCAUUGUUUGGAAGAAGCAGAUCUGUUAGUAUUCAAGAUGAAAAGUUUUUCAUCUUUUGAUGUUGGUAUUUUUGACCUUAGCGCGUGCGAGAAAGAGGAGACUUUCUUUGUCAACAAAAAUAGGAACCCAUGUAAACAUCCAGAUGAACAUACAACUGAUCAAGAAGAGAGUAGUGAAACUGAACAUUCAAGUGAGGAAGAAAGUUAUGGAAAAAAGUAUGCGUUUCAUUCAUCUCAGCUUAUUAGCAAAGGGAAGAAGAUGAAGAAAAUCUUGAUAGCCAAGCAGCAGAUCAAUAGGAAAAAGGAAUGUACACCUUCCUCACUGCGAAAGAAAAACAUUGAACCUGAGGAAAAAAUGCCCAUAUUCUCAAACCGACACCAGGUUACAAAGAGAGAGGAAGUCUUUCAACAGGCUUCAAGACACAAAUCUUCUGUGCCUUUUUUUCUAAUGACAAUGCAGCCUACCCAUGUCUACUUGGGUCAGCUGAAACUCCCAAAGAAAUGGGCAAACAGAUACAUGAGGAAGAAAUAUGAGACAAUUAACCUGAGAGUCCCUUCAAGUGGAAGGAGGUGGGCAGUUGCAGUUAGUUACAGACAGGAAGGACUUGUGAUGCAAAGUGGUUGGGAAGAUUUUGUUAUGGAUAAUGAUGUGGAGGAGUUUGAUAUCUGUGUCUUUGAACUAGCUCAAGGAGGAAAGCACAACUUAAUACCAGUUGUUUUAGAUGUUUACAUACAUCGUGUUAAUAUGAGACCAUCUUGUUCCAACAGCACAUCUAUUGACUAGAUUGCUAGUUUGCUACUUACUUUGAAUACUUUGAUUUGCAUUUGAGAUUUAUGUAUGUUAUGUUCUUCUAUCAUGGACAGUUAGAAGUACCUACUUGUGAUAUUGGUUGGCUUGUUUUGUUAAUGUAUUACUCUGAGAU